AUGAACCCCGAAUACGAUUACCUCUUCAAGCUUCUGUUGAUCGGCGACAGCGGUGUCGGAAAGUCUUGCCUUCUUCUUCGUUUUGCCGACGACACUUACACUGAGAGCUACAUCUCCACUAUCGGUGUCGAUUUUAAAAUCCGCACCAUUGAGCUCGAGGGCAAGACCGUCAAGUUGCAAAUCUGGGACACUGCUGGGCAGGAGCGUUUCCGCACCAUUACCUCCUCGUACUACCGCGGUGCACACGGUAUCAUUGUCGUCUAUGAUGUGACAGACCAGGACACCUUCAACAACGUCAAGCAGUGGCUUGCGGAGAUUGAUCGUUACGCCUCGGAAGGCGUCAACAAGUUGUUGGUCGGAAACAAGAGUGACUUGACCAACAAGAAGGUUGUUGACUACACCGUCGCCAAGGAAUUCGCUGACCAGCUCACAAUCCCUUUCUUGGAGACAUCUGCCAAGAGCGCCACCAACGUCGAGCAGGCUUUCUUGACCAUGGCCAAGCAAAUCAAGGACCGUAUGGGAGCUGCCAAUGUUGAUGCCUCGGGCCCCAGCAAGAGCAUCAAGGUCGGAUCUGGCCAGCAGUUGCCUGCCCAGACCGGCGGAGGAUGCUGUUAA